CGUUAACUGAACUCUUCAAGCAUGGAUAACGAUUAUUAUUCAAUUGACUCUAUCCUUGCUGAGAAUCAGAAAAUUCAAUGCACAUUCAAAGUGGAGAUCCCGGACAUGGGACACUUGGAUGGUGGUGCUGAAAGAGACAUCAAGCCGCUCAGCAAGAUGCAAAUACCGUUGUGGAUGGCUUACAUCUUGAUUUAUUCCGACUAUGCAGACUUUUCAAUACCUACACCAUUCAACGCGAAAGUGCGGAACGCACUUAAUGCCGAAGCUCGCAGCGUCAGACUGUCGGGGCUUGUGGGCCAAGGCGGCUCUUGGUACGGGUUCGGGAAGAUGAUUGUACAAUUACUCGACGAUGCUCCAGCAGAUGAGAUGUCAAGGAUUCUGACCAAGGCAUUCCGAGAUCGUCUCCUCGAAGUCAUCGAUCAAGCGCAGCACUUCGCUGCAAUAGGCACCGGCGGAGGUGGGUCUGCGAACGGAGACGCAGCGCAGAUGUUCAGGGAGGGUCUGGAGAGUGUCGAGAGAGAGCUCUUCGUACUCGCGCAAGAAAGCGCGAAGCGUACAAAGCGGUGGUACGAGACUACGGACAAGAGCGUCAAGUAAUGACUGGCUGACGUUCGACUAUGCGACCAUAGUAUAUACCUAUUCUUGUUUCGGAUGUUCUGUACUACUUGUUUCUCGUGUGGCCCCAAUGUUAGGGUCGCUUUUCUUCAGCUCGGUGACAAACCAUUUCACGCUGGCCCAUAAGCAAAGCUCAAUUCCCGUCAGAGCAAUAGUAUGUACGUUUCCUUGAGUCAAGAAAGCCAGGCUGAG